AUGACAUUCUUGGGUGGUGCGUGUACUCAAGGCCCUGGGUUGAUAGUGGGCAAUGAGUUGAAGGAGACUUUGCGCUCAUGGACUGACAUUGAACGCGCAGAUGUGAACCACAUGCACAAGGCUACAAAGCACUACUCCACUUUGGCCAAACGUGCGGCGUCAGUGGGCCAUGUUGUGGAUCUGUUCACAUGUGCGCUGGACCAGACGGGUCUACACGAGAUGCAGCAACUCGUCAAUCUCACAGGGGGCCAUCUGACACUCGGAGACACCUUCACGUCGUCUCUCUUUAAGCAAACGUACGCGCGUGUGUUCCAGAAGAAUGGCAGAGGAGAGUUCAACAUGGCGUUUAACGCCACCAUGGAGGUGCGGUGUUCAAAAGAACUCAAAGUCUGCGGCGCCAUAGGUAGAUUCUGUGGUAGUAACUCCCCGUAUGUCAGUGAGAACGAAAUAGGCGACGGCAGCACACACAAAUGGCGUAUCUGUGGCCUAGACCCUCUCAGUACCACAGCGGUGUAUCUAGAGGUCGCCAACCCACACACAAGCCCUAUACAGUCGCAGAUGGGGCUGGUGCAGUUUACCACCGUGUACCAAGCGUGUAACGGCACGAGACGGGUGCGGGUGACCACUGUGGCGCGUAAUUGGGGCAAUGCACAGGACAACCCACAGUACAUAGCCGCUGGCUUUGACCAAGAAGCGGCUGCUGUGCUCAUGACACGCAUCGCAGUCUAUCGCUCAGUCAACGAUGAAGGAGCCGAUGUGCUGCGAUGGCUGGACCGAAUGCUUAUUAGAUUGUGCCAGAAGUUCGGAGAGUACAACAAGGACCAACCGCAGUCGUUCCGCCUGUCGUUGGCCUUUUCGCUCUACCCACAGUUCAUGUUCCAUUUGCGACGGUCGCAAUUCCUACAAGUGUUUAAUAACAGUCCCGACGAGACCGCAUACUACCGGUAG